GUAGCCGUAGGAAGCUUUUGAUGCACGGAAGAUGCAGUAACAGAGAUAUAAGCAUCUCGCAGAGCAAGGAUUCGACAGCGGGAAUUCCGCAGUACAUAGUUCAAAUUGCAAAUACUUGUCUCUCAGAAUGCGCUCCCUCCGAAAUUCGUCUCCAUUGCGGCUGGUUUGCCUCUGCAAAAAUCGUAAACCCUAGAAUUUUCAAGAGGAUGUUUUACGACGAUUGCUUGGUGAACGGAGGGAAGCCAUUGAAUAUCAGUGAAACGAUCAGAUUCACUUACUCCAACUCCUUCAUGUAUCCUCUCAGAUUCAAGUCGGCCAAGUUUUGCUGAGCUCCCAUGGCGGAUUCGAGCGGAGGACGAUAUCCAGAUUGGGCGAAAACGUCAUUUCGGUGAAUCGGCUUUCGCUCUGCCCUACUCAUCAACUCUGUAUAG